CUCUCUCCUGUGCUCUCUCCUGUCCUCUCUCAGUCAAGCCUUCUCUGUGAGCUCUUAGAUGGAAUAGCAGCAUUUUCCCUCUUUGGUGUCACUGGUGGAAACUGGAAGGCGUUUUAAAGGGGGAUAACUAAGAUCUGGUUUGAUACCCGGCUUGUUCAAGUGGGACCAGCACUGGAGGAAGCUCCUGAAAGGCAGUGGCGAGUGGUCGGGGUUCCUGCAGCCAUGGGCAGGCCGGAGGGGUCGGCCAGGCCACCUCUGCUGUUAGCUUUGGCGCUCCUGGCUCUCUCUCUCGUCUCCACGGGGGUCUCCAGCCUCCCACAGCCGCUGCCAAGAGUCUUCCUCUCCUUUGAAGACCUGCAGGCCUCCCAGUCCUUUGAACACUACAGUAUAUCAGAGAAGGCCAUGGACUACAGGAUCCUGCAGAUGGACGAGGACCAGGACAGGAUGUACGUGGGCUGCAAAGACAAUGUCCUCUCCAUGGACAUUAACAACAUCACCCAUGGCACGCUUAAGGUGUUUUGGCCUGCGUCCACGAUCAAGAUAGAGGAAUGCCAAAUGGCAGGAAAGGACCCCACGCAUGGCUGUGGGAACUUCAUCCGGGUGGUGCAGCCGUUCAACAGAACUCAUCUGUUCAUGUGUGGCAGCGGAGCGUACAGUCCCGUCUGUGUGUACAUCAACAGGGGCCGCAGACCAGAGGAACAAGUAUUUCACAUCGACUCCAGGACCGAAUCUGGAAAAGGGAGGUGCUCCUUCAACCCUAAAGUGAACACAGUCUCCGUCAUGAUCAACCAGGAGCUGUUCUCAGGCAUGUAUAUUGACUUCAUGGGGACAGAUGCUGCCAUCUUCAGGAGCCUGACCAAGAGAAAUGCAGUGCGAACAGACCAGCACAACUCCAAGUGGCUGAGUGAGCCAAUCUUCAUUGAUGCCCACCUGAUACCAGACGGAACAGACCCCAAUGAUGCCAAAUUGUAUUUUUUCUUCCGUGAGAGGCUAACGGACAACAGUGGAAAUACUAAAAACAUCCACACUAUGGUGGCCAGAGUGUGUCCGAGUGACAUCGGAGGACAGCGGAGCCUGGUGAACAAAUGGACCACCUUCCUUAAGGCCAGGAUGGUGUGUUCAGUUCUGGAGGACGACGGUACCGAAACUCACUUUGACGAACUGGAAAAUGUGUUUUUGCUGGAAACCGAUCAGCCCAAGGGCCUGUUGGUGUUUGGAGUCUUCACAUCCACAAGCUCCGUGUUUAAAGGCUCGGCAGUGUGUGUCUACAACAUGGCCGACAUCCUUACCGUCUUCAACGGGCCCUUCGCUCACAGAGAGGGGCCAAACUUCCAAUGGGUGGCCUUCCAAGGACGCAUCCCUUACCCAAGGCCCGGAACUUGUCCUGGUGGAGCCUUCACACCUGACAUUCACACAACAAAGGAGUUCCCAGACGACGUGGUGACCUUUGUACGAAACCACCCAGUCAUGUUCAACCCCAUCUACCCAGUGGGACGGAGACCUCUGGUGGUACGGACCAACGCUGACUACAAAUACACAUCAGUGGCCGUGGACCAGGUCAUGGCUGCAGACGGCAACUACCAAGUGCUCUUCCUGGGCACAGACAAAGGUGCAGUACAGAAGGUGAUUGUGCUGCCAAGCAAUCAAUCCCUGCAUGAAGAUCUGAUCCUGGAGGAGCUGGAAGUGUUUAAGAAUCAAGCUCCUGUUACAAACUUGAGAAUAUCCUCAAAAAAACAACAGCUGUACGUCAGCUCGGAGUUCGGGGUCUCGCAGGUCUCCCUGCACCGCUGUCACGCUUACGGCUCGGCUUGCGCUGACUGCUGCCUGGCCAGAGACCCCUACUGCGCCUGGGACGGGCUCAGCUGCUCGCGCUUCUAUCCCACCGGCAAAAGGAGAAGCAGAAGGCAGGACAUCAUGCAUGGAAAUCCACUCACUCAGUGCAGAGGUUUCAAUCUAAAAGCCUACAGAAACGCAGUGGAGAUGACGCAGUACGGCGUGAAAAACAACACCACCUUCCUGGAGUGCCUUCCCAAGUCUCCUCAGGCGUCCAUUCGCUGGGUAAUUCACAGGGACAAUGACAGGAGGAAAGAGGUGAAGCUGAGCGACCGCGUCGUCUCCACGGAGCACGGCCUCCUCAUCCGCUCCGUCCAGCUGUCCGACCAGGGCCUCUACUACUGCCUGACCACCGAGAACAGCUUCAAACGCACCGUCGCCAAGAUCCACCUGCGAGUGCUGAGCGAGGCCAUGGUGAGCGUGCUGACGGACAAACAGCAGUCGCCGUGGGCCUGGGCCACCUCGUUGCACCCCAAGACCCUGUUGUCAGCCUUCAGUCCAGCAGAGAGCCUGGCUGUGCAGCAGUACUGCAAAGAGAGGAAGCAGCUCCAGAACCUCCAGCAGAAGAAGCAGCAGCCUCAGCCACCUGGACCUCUCAGGGGGGACCUGGCCAAACUGAAACCCCUGCUGGACCGGAGGAAGAGCCGCAGCCGGCGCAAUCACGUCCCAGAGGUCUGACACAGGGAGGUGCAGAAACUGACACAAACACCUCCCUCUGUUUCCCCGAGCCAGACCUUCAUUUUUCCAAUUCUCAUCUCAAACUGCAGAGCUGCACUGUGAGGUGGGUGUGGGGAGUUGUUCUUCGGCAAUAUCUCCUUUUCUUGCAUGAGGUACUGUGACCAGAUGGCUGUGACAUCCACUAAUACACACCCACAGGCACCCACGAGCAAUUCAUUUGCUGUCGCAGUCGCAACACGGACUGAGGUGGCCCUGUUGUGAGUGGCACUGAUAAACUGCGGUCUGAGCUGAUAUUGCUUACGAUAAUACACCUUGAGACGCAGCUGUGGCCGAUGAUCUUAUCAUAUUUUCGAUAUUAGAGGGGAAACUAGGCUGGCCGGAUAUUAGCCCACAAUGGAUUUGUUUCUUUGUUCACAAAAAGAGGCGGUAAUUUGAAAUGAACAGAGUGAAUAGAGGAGAUUGAAAAGGGGGCAAAAGGGAGACAGAUGCAUGCUUGAGAGUGAACGCCUUCUCAAAGUAUAAUAUUAGUAUUUUAUUAGAUUCUACUCACAUUUCUGUGUUUACUUUAAACUAACAAAUGUGUCUCUGUUCAGUGAAAUGGCUUCGUGGGCAAACAUAGGGUAAUAAACAGUCAUGUUUCUCAUGUGUUGACUGCCUCUCAUACAGUCUAUAAUAGCACAGUUCAUACAAAGCACAGAUGGCAAGUGGUUCCAGUAAAAAGUGUCACAUUACAGCGCUGUGAAUGUUAAAAAGGGAAUUAGUUCAAAGGCCAAACUUAACAUCCUGAUGCUACCAAACAGAAAUAAUGGUAAAAUACAGAGUAGCACGUCAAAUUCUGCGUGAUCUCUCCUGUAUUUAUUCCUAUUACUCAGACCUACAUGUACAAGAAUCUGCCUCAGUGUAAUUCAGCUGCGUAUUGUAUCAUGCUUCUCUUGUUUCAGAAGCAUGUUUAUAGAAAUGCAUCAGUAAUGUAGAGGCAUCUUCACUCUGGCCUGGAUUUGAGUAACGAGCAGAUUUGCAUAUUUUGGUUUCACAGCAUAGUUUACAUCUGAAGGUAGAUGCUGACAAUAUUUGUUCCACAUCAUCGACAGCAAAGUGGACCGUUUUAAUGCAGAAAUGGUAAUUAAUUGACUUCUGUGAAUAGACUUUUUUUUGUCAGAGACAUAGUUAAUGUAGAUAGAGAUUAAUCGUUGCUUGUGUACAUAGUAUGUUUUCUUUGUUUCAUCCUUUUUAAUUUAAUGUUGUGCAGAUGUUUAUGUACAUAAUUUCAACAUGAUUCACCAGCUAUGACUGUAUCUGCAAAUUGCAGAGACGUUACAGUAUUAUUUUCAUUUUGAGAAAAGACUUUCUAUAGUUGUACCCUCUAAACAGAUCUCUGCUCCACGUUUAAUAAAGCUGUGCGACCGGCAUCAUGUCAACUUCAACUUGGUGUAACUUCAGUGUUAUGAAUCAUAUGUAUUUCUAUUUAUUAAUGUCGUGAUAGCCUGAAUAAAUCUGUUCCGAUGAAUCUCAAUAUCACAGAAAGAUCAUGCCUUUUAUUGUCAGAUAUUUUUAUUUGUAUAAUAUCUCAAAAUGUGAACUUAAUAUUUCUGUUACUGGCCACUUUAUCGUCCCUCUGUCCUCUAAAUAGAUUAUUUGAUCUACGGUGAUCGCCUAUUAUGUUGCUUCAAAGGAACAGUCACGCUGUCGUCACACAAUUUUGGGAAAUACACGUAUUUGCUUACUGGCAGAGAGUUCGAUGAAAAGAUCGAUACCACUCAUGUCUGUACUGUAAAUAUGAAGC